ACGACUCAGCGCAAAACAUUCAGUCGGCAAAAAGUUGCCAAGGGGUGAGCACUUACCCCGCUAUCUUAUUUUAUAUACAUAUAUAUAAAACACAUAUAUACAAACAAAUAUUUACGCGAGUGAUUGAAUAAAAAAAUUUUUUGUGUGAAAAAUUUUUUUUUAGAAAAAAAGAUUAUUGUUUUUUUUUUAAACAUUUAGUGACUGUGUUGAGUGAUGGACGUUAAUUACAAGAGUAAUGAUAAUUAUUUUUUUUUAAAUUAUUAAAAAAAUAAAAAUGUGGAUUUUAGCGGGAAUUUGACCGCGAAAUUUAAAUUUUUGUGUUGGAAGCGGGAAAAUUAACUGGUUUAAAUAAAAUUUAAAUGAAUUGUUGAUUGGUUGUUUAAUUGAUUGUAAUAUAUAUAUGUAUAUAUAUAUAUAAAGUUUAUGAAAGUGUGUUAGUUAAACGGCCUCAAGCUGGUUUACUCAAAUUACGCGUACGGUACCAAAAUGGAGGUACGCACGAUGGAUUAUAGACCGGUAGUACCAACGGGUGUUGUUGCUCCUGGUUUGCAGGAUUAUCAUGCGGCUAUACCUGAUUUGAGCCCGCCAAGGAGCCAGGGCUCCUCUACGGGUGGUGCGUCCUCGAUUGGCGAAUACGCGCCGCGUAUGUAUACGCCACCUACGCCGCCAACUCCACAUGAAGAUGAAAAGAUAUUCGGCAGCAAAGCAGACCUCCAGUUACACACGCAAAUUCACAUGAGAGAAGCUAAACCCUACAAGUGUACCCAAUGCUCAAAAGCAUUCGCUAAUUCGUCAUAUUUAUCACAACACACACGUAUACAUCUAGGAAUAAAACCGUAUCGUUGUGAAAUAUGCCAACGUAAAUUUACCCAAUUGAGUCAUUUGCAACAGCAUAUACGAACUCAUACUGGUGAUAAACCGUAUAAAUGCCGUCAUCCAGGUUGUACUAAAGCAUUUAGUCAGCUAAGUAAUCUACAGAGUCAUUCCCGUUGUCAUCAAACCGAUAAACCGUACAAGUGCAAUUCGUGCUACAAGUGUUUCUCCGACGAGCCGAGUCUUCUGGAGCAUAUACCAAAGCACAAGGAAUCAAAGCAUCUUAAAACCCAUAUUUGUCAAUACUGCGGUAAAAGUUAUACCCAGGAAACGUAUUUAGCAAAACAUAUGCAAAAACACGCUGAAAGAACGGACAAAAGACCGCCGAUAAUUGGCACCGGUUUAAGGCCAUCGAUUCACGCUGCAAUGGCUGCCGCAGCACAGCAUCAUCAAGAUGCAGCAGCGCAUCAUUACUGGCCAAAAGUAAGCCCUGAUUCGGUGAUAAGUGAAUUACAUGAUCGUUUACCUCACCAUCAUCAUCAUACGGACUAUCAUCAGAAUCCGAAUGGACCGACUGAUAUGUUACUACAACAUGGCGGCCGCGGAACGGGAAAUGGCGUCGGUGGAACUGGGAUCGGGCAUAGAGACAUUGAAAAUGACUCGAGGCAACAGACACCUCAACCACCGGGUGUCGGUGGUGGUGGGGGCGCUAAUCAUCACCCUAAUAGCAGUAGUGCAUUUACACCGAUAUCAUCUAUUUCUAUAAACUCCAUUUCGUCAAUGCAGCAUCCCCUUAAUCCACUUAAUCAUUUACAUUAUCCUGGAAGUCAUCAUCCAGCUUCACGACCGUACUUGUAUGAUGCUUUUAGCACACAAAAAGCUUCACCAACAUCGUCGGCGGUAACUCCUGGUACUAAUAAUAAUCAGAAUACGACGUCUUUUCCUAAUCAGCUCAUAAGCUUGCAUCAGAUAAAGAAUUACGCGCAUCAACCUAAUUUAGGUAAUUUGGGAAAUUUGGGCAAUCUUAGUAAUCUCAGUAAUUUGGGUAAUAUUAGUGCGUCUAUGGAGGGGCAUUCUUUACUUGGACUUAAAGAUAAACAAUAAUUUUUUUUAUU